CAGGUCCCAGUCUCUCUCGGCUUGCCGAAACAAAUUGGGGACGGAGCAGACGGCGAUGGCUUGUGCCGUUUGAAGUUGCCCUCCCGUCGGCCGUGCUGCGGAUAAGAAGAAGUGAGCAAGCAGCUAAGAAGAAGAAGAGAGGAAGCCUCUUCGGUUCAUGGAGGAGCUGGGUUCGAAACCUCUCUCCGGAGCAAUGGCGGAGCCGGGGGGACCUGAACCUGAGCUGGACCAGCUGGUGUGGCGUCCCUAUUCCCGGCCUGCGGCGGCCCACUCUCCGCUGGGUUUGGAGGUGAAGCUGGGCUCGCUGGCGCUGCUGCUGUUUGUGACCCUCGUGUGCGGCUUCUUGCCUCUGUGGGUCUUCCAUCGUCCCAGGAGCUCAACCAGCUCGUCAGCGACUCGAAGGAAAACCUUGAGCCUGGUGAGCUGUUUUGCCGGCGGCGUCUUCCUGGCGACUUGUCUCCUGGACUUGAUCCCCGAUUACCUCAGCAGCAUCAACGAGGCCCUGGCCGAUUUGGGAAUCACGCUCUUCUUCCCCCUCCAAGAGUUCAUCUUGGCCAUGGGCUUCUUCCUGGUCCUCGUCAUGGAGCAGAUAGUCCUGGCCUACAAGGAUCCGUCGGGCUCCCUGGAGGAGACGCAAGCCCUGCUGGGCUCCGCCUCGCAGCACUCCGCCACCAUCCAGGAGCAGGGCUGGCCAGACGGGCCCCUGCCCCGGCAGCUGCCUCGGGACGGGCCCCUCCACGACCGCCGCCACGUCCACGUGGAUUUCAACGCCCACUCGGCCAUCCGCUGCUUCGUCCUGCUGCUGGCCCUCUCCCUCCACUCCGUCUUCGAGGGGCUGGCCGUGGGGCUGCAGGAGGAGAACGCCCAGGCCCUGGAGAUCUGCCUGGCGUUGGUGAUCCACAAGGGCGCCAUCGCCUUCAGCCUCAGCUUCAAACUGCUCCAGAGCCGGCUGCGCGUCCAAGCGGUGGCGGGGUGCCUGAUCCUCUUCUCCAUCAUGUCCCCCUUGGGCAUCGGGCUGGGCGUGGUCCUGACGGAGACGCCCGUGGCCGUGCUGCACGGCCUCUCCCGCAGCGUACUCGAGGGGCUGGCGGCCGGCACGUUCGUCUACAUCACCUUCCUGGAGAUUCUGCCUCACGAGCUCAACUCCUCGGAGCAGCGCAUCCUCAAGGUCAUCGUCCUCUUGGCCGGGUUUGCCGUCGUGACCGGCAUCCUGUUCAUUAAGAUCUGAGGAGUGUGGGCGGGGACAGGGGGGAGCGUUUUGCCUGGAGUAAGGGGACGGAGAGGAACAAAAAAAACCCCUAACUGCUCCGGUUUUCCCUGUCUGGAGGGGGGGCGGAUUGACUUCUUCCAAGAGUUCCCCCACCUCCUCGUUAUUUCCCCAGAGAAUUCCGAAACGAUUCACCCGGAAGCGAAAACUCGGAACGAACUUUCCCUCUCCCUCUUGGAAGACUGCCCUGGAAACGGCUAUUCUCAAAAAGGCCGGACUCGAUCGUUUUAGACCUACCAUUGGACGCUGCCAACGGCUCCCGCAUUCCAAAAGUCCAGCCGGAUCCCACAGUCCCGAGUCUGUCUUCCCUGAGGUGAUCUGGAGUUGGCUGCGACCUUUGAUCUUGCUGUUGUGGGAAAGCUGGUUCGUGCAGCAUUCGGGAGUGGAAAGGAUUUUGGCCAGGAUGAGUGGCAUUCUGUCUGAUUUUGACUGCCUUUGGGAUUUAACCGGAGAUCAGAUUUUGAACGUGUGUGGGCUUCCACCCC